CGGACUCCACUCGCAGACGGACACUAAACACUGAACUAGCACCCUGCUGCAGCGAUUACCAACCUUUAAUCCUUUCAGAGCCGGCUCGUCGUCCAGUAGCAUGAAAAAUAUGUUAACCAUUCUCUCUAACGCACUUUGCAGGAUCACUGGCAGGAAUGUGGGGGCCCAAACAGUGUCCGAGUUGCUGAUUGACCUGUCAGAGUACGUCAAUGUGACGUCACCGCCGGCGCCCGCCUUGGCACAGACCCAGCGGCAACCACCCAAACCACCACCAGUCAGUGCUAGAGCGCCUGCUGCAGAGUUAGUUAGCACCCAGAGCGACCAGCUAGACAGACCAGGGACCAGAGUUGUGGUUUCCCGCUCCUACGCUGACUUCACCCCUAAGGCAACAUUCGAUAUCAAGAAAUGCGACGUGCACCGCCUGGAGGAGGGUCCUCCAGUGAAGGCGGAGCUGACCCGGGAGCAGGGCCUGCAGUAUUACCACAUCAUGCAGACUGUGAGGCGCAUGGAGCUCAAAGCUGAUCAGCUGUACAAACAGAAGAUCAUCAGAGGAUUCUGUCACCUGUAUGAUGGACAGGAAGCGUGUGCAGCAGGUAUCGAGGCAGCAAUCAAUCCCUCAGAUCACCUGAUCACAGCCUACCGCGCCCACGGGUACACGUACACCCGCGGGGUGCCCAUCAAGGAGAUCCUGGCCGAGCUCACAGGUCGCAAAGGGGGUGUGGCCAAAGGCAAAGGAGGUUCGAUGCACAUGUACGCUCCAAAUUUCUACGGGGGAAACGGCAUCGUGGGAGCACAGGUUCCUUUGGGUGCUGGCAUCGCUCUGGCAUGUCAGUACCAGGGCAACAAUCAGGUGUGUGCCGCACUAUACGGAGACGGGGCAGCCAAUCAGGGACAGCUGUUUGAGUCGUUCAAUAUGGCUGCCUUGUGGAAGUUGCCUUGCAUCUUCAUCUGUGAGAACAACAAGUACGGCAUGGGGACGUCGGUGGAGAGAGCGUCGGCCAGCACUGACUAUUACAAGAGAGGAGACUACAUACCAGGAAUCAGAGUGGACGGGAUGGAUGUUCUGUGUGUAAGAGAGGCCACCAAGUUUGCUGCAGAUCACUGCAGAGCUGGAAAGGGUCCCAUUGUGAUGGAGCUGCAGACCUACCGUUACCAUGGACACAGCAUGAGCGAUCCAGGCGUCAGCUACCGCACUCGUGAGGAGAUCCAGGAAGUCCGCAGUAAGAGUGACCCCAUCACCAUGCUGAAGGAGCGCAUGCUCAGCAACAACAUGGCCUCUGUAGAGGAGUUCAAGGAAAUCGAUGUUGCGAUCCGAAAGGAGGUGGAGGAAGCUGCUCAGUUUGCGACUUCAGAUCCAGAGCCGCCGCUGGAGGAGCUCUGCAACCACAUCUUCAGCAACGACGUGCCGCUGGAGGUCCGCGGGACGCACCGCUGGUCCACACUGAAGUCUGUCAGCUAGACUCAACCCUUGAACCCUCACGCACUCGAAAUAUAUCCCGAAAACACACACUGACCCUCUAAUCCUUCAGCUGCACCCACACCCUGACUUUUAAAACGACGCGCAGCAGCUCCUUCCUCGAUUCUAGAUCAUUCCGCACCUUAACAGGACUCACCCGGAAACUUGUCAGUGUUAUUUAUUUAUAGUUUUAUACAGAAAUAUUUAAGAUUUAUUCUUUAUUUGUGUCUUCUGUGCUACAUCUGUCUAGUCUGUUGUUGCUGCUGCCAGAGUGUAAGAUGAGCCAUUCUUCAGAGUGCGCUGUGUGAAACCUCACAGGUAGCUUUACAGGUUUGAAAUAUUCAGGGCUGCAAAAUAAUACGCACAAAACAUAGCUCUCAUGUUUUACCCUUUUGUAUUACUCUACUUUUCAGGCUUCAGUUUAGUGUUUCUCCAGUUUUAUAAAUCUUCCAUUAAAUGUUGUUCAAUGGGUAAAAUAACUUCUGGUGGAAGAGAAACUUCCAAAACACAAGAAACACUUUCUUGAGCUAAAUUGAGGUUUAUCUGUUGUAGGCUGCUGUAGACACAUUCGAAAAGGAUCUUCAUCCUUUGUAUUUCAAAUUCUAAAGGAAGCAUAGCUUUAUUUAUAGAUCUCACUACAAACUUAAUCCUCCAAACUAGUCCUUUAAACAUGUCUGAAAUACACUUCUCUCCAAGAAACCAGAUACCAUGCUGAAAGAGAACUGUAACAUGGUAAUGUCAGUUAAACAUACAGCUACUCAUGACUUCCAGAUUUCCUGUUAACUACAGGAAACGCAUACCAUGUUUUUCUGUUGGAAAGCUGGAACCACUCGACAGAACAAAUUGAUUAUCCAAGUUUGUAUUCAGAUUAAUCAACACAACAGUGUGUGAAGUAGUUUUAGUUAGGUCCAACUUUACUAGCUUCAAAAUUAAAAUGAUAUGCACUUUUCUUUUCUUUUUUUGGGUGAGCGGAGACCGAGGUCUCUUUCCAGGUGUGUCCUGCAGGAAUUAACCGUUAAAAAGAGUUACAGAUGCAUUCAUACUACUUUACACAUUUUCACCAACUUUUGCAAUAAUUUCAAAGUAGUUCUGACAUUACCUUUUAAUCAUGUAUUUAUUAAAAAAUAAACAUUAUUCUGAAAUGGGCCGGUCUGCACAAAAAGCCCUUUUUUAAUUUAAGCACUUUUUCGUACAUUUUGAUGCUAAUAUUAAAUUAGCACCCAAUAUUUUAAAUGCAGGGCUUUAUUUUUAGCAGAGUUGUGCUAGCCUUGAUAUUUUUACUGUUAAAUGAUAUAUCUGUCUGCGCUUCAACCACUGUUGUGGAGGUGGUUAAAAUAUGUGAUUUAUUCCGAAUUAUAGAAAUGAGAAUUUCUGAAGAUUAAGAUGAAUAUUGAUCAGUGGUAUUGGGGAAAUAUUUGAAGGGUUUUAAAAUGUUUAUAUUCUUAAUCUGCUGGUAAAUGAAUGCAACAUAAUAUUUAUUUUACAGUUGGCUUGGUGGUUUUGAGAAUUAUGUGAAGAUGCACUUAAAAUGUGGAACUCCAAUUAAAUGUUGCUUAUGGGAGAUUCUGAGGCGCUAAAACCAGCAGCAGCAGCAGCAGCAGCACUGAAUCUUCAGCUUCACAUACCUCUCCUUUGUCCUUUACACUAACGUUUACUGUUACUGCUCCUGAACGUGUACAAAGGUAAAGCUUUACUUGACUGUUUGUCUGUUGAAGUGUGAGACUGUUUGGCUGUAAAUAAACGCAUAAAGAAGAUGAAUAA